CCCCCACCAGGAAGCAUGAACAGGAAAGACAGCAAGAGGAAGUCCCACCAGGAAUGCCCAGCAAAGACAGGGGGGCGGGGCCGGCCCCGACAGGCCCGGCGCCACAAGACGUGCCCCAGCCCCCGGGAAAUCAGCAAGGUCAUGGCUUCCAUGGCUCUGGGCAUGCUGAAUGAGGGCGGCUGCAGCGAAGAUGAGCUGCUGGAGAAAUGUAUUCAGUCCUUCGACUCAGCUGGCAGCCUGCGCCGUGGGGACCACGUUCUCAACAUGGUGCUGGCCAUGCACAGCUGGGUGCUGCCUUCCGCCCACCUCGCUGCCCGCCUGCUGACCAAGUACCAGGAAGCCACAGGGGACACACAGGAGCUGAGGCGGCUGCAGAUCUGCCACCUGGUCAGGUACUGGCUGACCCAACACCCGGAGACAGUGCAUCAAGAGCCUCAGCUAGAAGAGGUCAUCGGGCGCUUCUGGGCCACUGUGGAGCAGGAGGGCAACUCUGCCCAGAGGAACCUGGGAGACUCCUCCACCCUCCUGAGCCCCGGGGGCCCUGGCCCCCCGCCCCCUCUGAGCAGCCCAGGCCUCGGCAAAAAGCGCAAAGUGUCCUUGCUCUUCGACCACCUGGAGACGGAGGAGCUGGCUCAGCAUCUCACUUACCUGGAGUUUCGCUCCUUCCAGGCUAUCACGCUUUCCCUGGAUCUCUUCUACACGGAGGACGAGAUCUAUGAGCUUUCUUACGCCCGGGAGCCCCGCUGCCCCAAGAGUCUGCCACCCUCCCCCUUCAAAGCGCCCCUGGUGGUGGAGUGGGCCCCUGGCGUGACACCCAAGCCUGACAGGGUCACCCUGGGUCAACAUGUGGAGCAGCUGGUGGAGUCUGUGUUCAAGAAUUAUGACCCUGAAGGCCGAGGAACCAUCUCUCAGGAGGACUUUGAGCGAUUCUCAGGCAACUUCCCCUUCGCCUGCCAUGGGCUUCACCCCCCGCCCCGCCCGGGGAAUGGCUCCUUCACCCGAGAAGAGCUGACGGCGUACCUGCUCCGGGCCAGCGCCAUCUGCUCCAAGCUGGGCCUGGCCUUCCUGCACACCUUCCAUGAAGUCACCUUCCGCAAGCCCACCUUCUGUGACAGCUGCAGUGGCUUCCUCUGGGGCGUCACCAAGCAAGGCUACCGCUGUCGGGACUGUGGGCUGUGUUGCCACAAACACUGCAGAGACCGUGUGAAGGUGGAGUGUAAGAAAAGGCCAGGGGCCAAGGGCGAUGUGAGCCCCCCUGGAGCCCCUGGCCCACCCACACCAGCUCCCCACGCCAGCUGUGGCACAGAGGACAAUCUCUCCUACACACUAUCCCUGGAGCCGGAGACGGGGCACCAUCUUCGCCAUGCUUGGACUCAGACAGAGCCCCCGCACCCUUCCUGGGAACCACAGACGGUGCCCCUCGAACGACGGCCCUGCCCACCCAGCCCUCCACGCUGAAUUCCUAGACCCUGCUUGGGUCUGACCUCUCUCACCUCCCCCACAGUCAGUCCCAAGUCCUAUUCUUCGGCCUCCAGCAGGACCCCCAAAGGCGUCACCUCCUUCGCAUCCACACUGCC